ACUAGCUCUAUCUCUAAAUCACUUCCUCGCAACGAGUAAACAAACAUGGCGCAAGUGAACGAUUUAAAAAACGCUAUUUCUGAAAGUUUGGAGAGAAAAGGUGUCCUGAACAAGGUGAAAGCUCAGAUACGUGCUGAGAUGUUCCAUGUACUAGAUGAACAUUCAGAAGGAAAACCUCCAAUAUGUAAUGAAAACCUCAUUAUCAAUGAAUUGAUCUUAGAAUAUCUCCAGUAUAACAAAUACAAACACACUUCUUCAGUUCUUAUGGCAGAGGCUGGUCAGUCUGAAACUCGUUUAGACAGAGAAUUUAUCAAGAAUGAACUCAACAUGGCUGAAGAUUUAGAGACCAGCAGUGUCCCGUUGUUGUAUUCUUUAGUGAAUUUCUUCCUGCAACAAAAUGCUGGCAGCAAAACCAAAGUCACUAAGAAAGAAACUUGGUAAUAACAUUUCAGAACUGUAUGUGUUUCAUGGUAAAUGUUUGUGCAAUAACAGGCUUGUCUACAGUUUGCAAUGAGAACUACUAUGCAGUUUUUUCAUGAAAAGGAAUCUACAUGUGUGUGUUUUAUUACAAUACUGAGUCCAGCAAAAAUCAUUCCAAAGACAAGAGGUCUAACCAUGUUUCUUCAAGCAUGUAAUGUCACUCACAUCAUCAUAAUUUUUUUACUGCUUUUUAUGCUUGCAUGGGUUGGACAGGAACCUUUCAAAAUAAAUAGCAACAUGUCAUUAGCUGCAUUCCUUUGUCCUUUGUGAUGUUUGCCAUCCUGUAAUCACUUUUCAUUACUUCUGUCCAUAUCUCUCCCUUCUACAGCUUUUCUCCAUUUGUAUCUACUGGAAAUUCUUUACCCAUAUCUUUACCCAUAUCAUCCAUAGACAUGACAUGUUCAUAUCAGUUCAGUUGUUUCUGUUACACACUACAUCUCAUUCCUCUUGAACCUAGUUUUUCUCUCAAUCUAUCUGUGCCACAUCACUAACGCUUACUAAUAUGACACAUUUCGCAGAGCAUGCUUUCUACAUUUCUUUCCAGCUUUUGAACAUAUUGUGUGUGUGUAUUUGUGUGUGUGUGUGUGUGUGUGAGAGAGAGAGAGAGAGAGAGAGAGAGAAUGAGUGAGUGUAUUUGUUUAGACAAAUAUCUAUAGAUGAACAGACAGCCACAGUAGGUACUGCUCUGCUAAGAGAAACUGAAGCAAAACUUUCCAGGUGCAGAUUGAUGCCAUAGAAUUAUGUGUGUAUGUGUGCAUGUAUGUGGGAGAAGGGAAGGAACAUAUCUGCUGGAAUUCUGUGAUGCAAAUGACUUGAUGAUCUACCACAGGAAUUUUAGGAUAUUAGCCAUCCACUUGAUUACCUAUCAAUAUGGUAGGUGCACAAGCAAGAUUAACUACAUUUUCUCCAGAAUAUGAGAUGGACAGGUGCUUGUAAAUGCAAUCUUUCUUUAGUGAAAAAUGUACAAUCCAACAUAAGUGAGUAGUUAGUGACUUCAAACUCAGAGCUACAAGGACUCAGAAAAACAAACCUGUCUAGAAAAGGAAGAUAUGGAAGCUUAAAGACCCAGUAAAUAGUCAGAAAGUUAGAGAAAUUGAGUGGAAGCAUUUGACAUAGAGAACAAUUGAAAUUUGCUACAGGACAAACUACUGAAGGCUACAGACCAAACCUGAGGCUGAUGCAAAGUUUUGGCCAGACCAAAGUUGGUGUGGUGGUGCAACAGUGAAGUAGACAGAGCUAUAAAAGUGUAAAGACAGGCUUGGAAAGACUGGAAAACUAGAAAUGACAGAGAAUUUUAUGAGGUAGCCAGAAGAGUAGUGUGGGAGAAAGGUUUACACAGCAAAGGGAGAAGCAGAAAGUAGGAAAUUUGUUUGUUCAACAUGAGGAUCAGAGAUAUGAGAUAUUUUGGUUUGCAAGACAAUGUAUCAGAGAAAAUCAGGAUAUUGUGAGUGAGAAGUGUAUGUGAAAAGAUAAUCCACUGUCCAUACUCACCUUUUUUUAACUUGAGAGUUUGUUCUGGCACCCCUUCCAAAGAUCAAGUUUCAUCACCUUGUCCCAUGUCUUCCUGGGUCUACCUCUAUCACUGUUUCCCUCUACAGUCAGAGAUCGGCACUUCUUUACAUGUCCUCAUCCAUGCACAUCACAUGACCAUAUAGCUCAGUUGUUUCUCUUGCACACUACAUCUGAUACUUCUUAUGCCCAACUUUUCUCUCAAGAUGCAUACACUCUGUGGUACAUGCACACUGACAUUGCACAUCCAGCGAAGCAUACUGGCUUCGUUUCUUUCAAGCCUAUGCAUGUCCUUGGUUGUCACAGCCCAUGUGUCACUGCUGUGUUGCAUUGCUGUUCACACACAGGUAUCAUACAAUGUCUUUCACUCUAGGGAGAGGCCCUUUGUUGCCAGCAGAGGUAGGAACUAUCUGAACUUGGCCCAGCUUAUUCUUAUUCUCACAACUACACUCUCAGAGCAUCCACCUCCGCUACUAACUUCAUCACCUAGAUAAUGGAAGCUAUCUACUACCUCUAGCUUACCCCACUAGCAGUUGAUGGAGUCUAUUUUCUGCACAUUUUCAGUGUUUAUUGUACCUGUGCAUCUUCCACACACAAAAGCUAUUUUCGCUGUUAAACUUCCUCUGAUAUUGCUGCAUCUCUUAUGUGUCCAUAGCUUACACCAGGUGUGUAUUUUAUUAUUAUUCUGCAGUCAGUCAUUGCGACUAUGAUUGUUUAUGGCUUUGGCAUGACUUGAUAAGCUUUCUCGAUACUGGUUGGUUUUUCAUUUGGGUUUGCCAUUUAUUAUGAUCGGUUCCUUUCCACCAUGCUCAUUUUUGCAGUAUCUUUGAAUCUCAGUCUAGGUAUUCCCUGGUUUCUUUUCCCCCUUGCAUAAUUGAGAGUAAAGGAUUUGUCUGGAGUAUUUGUUGUUGUCCAUCCUGUGUAUGUGGCCAACCAACAAAAAUUUCUGUCAAUGAGGAUUUCUAUCAUAGUAGACAAGCCUGAAAAUGGAACAUUUGGUGCUAUUCAAGAACACUUACUUGGUAAUUAAAAUACAAAUAAAGUGAAUCAAGUACCACUUCUAGCCACUUUGGAUAGGCAAUUUCCACACCUCAUUCUCAUUUCAAGCCAGAGUUUUAGUGGUACACCAAUCUAAGCACUCAUUGUACAUACUUAUUAAUAUAUUUCAAUAGAUGUAUACUACUUGCAUCUCCUCUAUAUGUGUCUGUGUGCACAUACACAUGCAUGCACACAAGUGUGUGUGUAUGUAGACUGUUGCUAUCAUUAUUAAGGUGUUGGGCUGGCAAUUAGAGUGUCAGAAAAAUUCCUUUUUGGCAGAAUCAUUGCAGUAUCAGAAAAAAUCCCUUUUGGGAUUUUGGACAGCUUGGUUCCACAGUCUGUUUUGGCUUGGUUUCUACAUACAGCUGGAUGCCUUUCCUAACACCAACCACUUUACAGAGCACACUGGGUGCUUUUUAUGUGGACCCAGUGCUUUUUACAUGGCACCAGUACCCACACCAAUGCAUUUUUGUGGCAUUUUGGUUUUCAAUUGUUGUGGUGGGUGGGUCUUGUUGAGUUCGGCAAAGCAUCACAUACCUUGAUCCAUGUCAGUCUAUAAAUCACAAGAAUAAACAAUAAUAGUCACUGGAUUGCAUCUUUAGGAAUCCUGCUUUGCUUAUGGCCAAUUUUAUGGAGGAUACUUUGGAGUUGCAAGUCUUAGCAUUUUGAGAUCAGCCUUCAAUACUUCAUCCCAUAUCUUUCUGGAUCUUACUCUUCCACAACUUCCCACCACUUUAAGUGAUCAGCAUGUUUUUAUGCAAUCCACAUCCAUCUGCAUCACAUGACCAAACUAUUAUUAUUAUUAUUAUUAUUAUUAUUAAGGCACAGGGCUAGAAAUCUUGAGGGGAGGUGAUUAGUCAAUGUGUUGGCCUCAGUAUAUAACUGAUAUUUUAUUAUAUUGACCUUCAAAAUGAUGAAAGACACAGUUGAUUCUGCCAAGGUCAACUUGCUAGACUUUGGUGGGAGGGGAUCAUCAAAGUAAAGUACUAGUCAAGUACUGUGCUUUAUAGUUUUAAUUGAUCCCCUCUUCUCAACUACUGGCCUUGUGCUUACAUUGGAAACUAUUGUUUUUCUUCUGUCCUUCGUCUAUGGUAUUUAAGAAUCAGAUCUGGAUCACAUCAGUCAUUAAAUAUUGAAAAUAAAAAACAUAAACCACAUUAA